AUGAAUGCGUAUCAUAUCCAAAAGUAUCUGGAGAACGUGGAGCAUGUCGUUUAUGAAAAGAACGAGGAUAUUGGUGGGACGUGGUUGGAGAAUAGGUAUCCGGGCUGUGCAUGCGACAUUCCCAGUCACGCAUACACGUAUCCAUUUGCCUUGAAUCCCGACUGGCCACGCUUCUUCUCCUACUCCCCCGACAUCUGGAAAUACCUCGACAAAGUAUGUGAAGUAUUCGAUCUGCGGAAAUACAUGGUCUUCAAUACCGAAGUGAUCGGCUGUUACUGGCAAGAAGAAACCGGCGAGUGGCUGGUCAAACUGAAAGAAACAAACCCCAAGGAUGGGAGCACUGUGCGAUUGUUCGAGGAUCGGUGUCAUGUUCUGCUGCAUGGCACUGGGAUUCUGAAUAAUUUCAAGUGGCCGGAUAUCGAGGGUAUGGAUAAAUUCAAGGGCAGGAUCAUUCAUACUGCGAGGUGGCCGAAGGAGUAUCAGGCUGAGGAGUGGAAGAAGGAUAGGGUUGCUGUGAUUGGAUCUGGGGGUGAUAUUCAGACGGUGCCGACGAUGCAGCCUCAUGCGAAGCAUAUUGAUGUUUUUGUCAGGACAGGAGUCUGGUUCGUCCAGAUCGCCAACAACUUUGGCGCCAACCACGAAUACACCGACGAGCAAAAACAAGAGUUCCGCGACCCCUACAAGAUCGUCGAACACGCCAAAUCGAUCGAAGACCAAGUCAACGGCCUCUGGGGAUCGUUUUACAAAAACUCCAAAGCCCAAGCUGAAGGCCAGGCCGCUCUCAAGAAACGCAUGUCUGAAAUGAUCAAAGAUGAAAGGUUGUUGAAAGGGUUCACUCCGACAUGGGGUAUUGGCUGUCGUCGGAUCACUCCUGGAGAUCCGUAUAUUGAGGCAAUUCAAAAACCAAAUGUCUCCGUGCACUUCACCCCCGUCACGCGCAUCGACAAAACAGGCGUGAUCGGCGCCGACGGAGUUCAUCGAGAAGUCGACACCAUCAUCUGCGCCACGGGCUUCGACGUCUCUUACAAACCGCGAUUCCCCAUCGUGGGCCAAAACGGAAUCGAUCUGGCGGACAAAUGGAAAGUCUGUCCCGAAGGAUAUUUAGGGCUUGCAAUUCCAGGCUUCCCCAACUUUUUGACCUUCAUCGGUCCCAACUGGCCUGUUGAGAACGGCAGUGUCAUGGGACCGUUGUAUUAUGUAUCGCAAUAUGCGAUGCAGAUGAUCAAAAAGAUUCAAACGGAAUAUAUUCGGAGCAUUGCCCCCAAGCAAGAUGUCACUGAUGCUUUUAAUGAACAUUGUCAGGAAUGGGUCCGACAUACCGUUUGGGUGGACGAGUGUCGAUCUUGGUAUAAGAAUAAUGAAACGGGGAGGGUGAAUGCCGUUUGGCCGGGGUCUUCGCUGCAUUAUAUCGAGGCGAUCAGACAGCCUAGGUAUGAGGAUUUUGAGAUCUCUUAUCUAGGACCGGCGAAGAAGAAUAUGUGGGCUUAUUUGGGCAUGGGGACUGUGCCGGCCCUGGUGGAGAAGAAGGAUGUUUCGCCGUAUUUGAAUGUGGAGAUGUUGGAUCCGGAAUGGAUGAAGGCGGUGGAUAUUGAUGCGAAGAAGGUACAUGAGGCGAAGGUCAAGGAGUUGAAGGAGAAGGAGGAGGAGGUCAAGGACAAGAGUAGAGAGAAUGUGGAGGCUGUUGCUGUGGCUUGA